AUGGCUACAUUCUGGACAUAUGACUAUGCCUGCACAAUCCGUGAAGAGGUGGUAUUUUUGUUUUGUUCUCCCUGGAGGAGGGUCAAACUUCUGUACAUUGUGACACGCUAUGUUCCUUUCCUUCUUUUUGCUGCGCACUUGUACCUAAACUUCAUCCUAGACGAGACUUCUGAUAGAUGCCAAUUUGUCAACAACAUCAGCUCAUGUCUUAGCCUGAUAUCGAUCGUCUGCUCAGAAUGUUUCUUCAUAUUCAGGACGUACGUGCUAUGGAAUAACAAUAAGGUCUUCCAGAAAGUAUGCCAUCGUGCAGCACUCCGCUUAGUCACGCUCCCCACCCGCCACCCCCUUAAUAAGCAUCCGAAGCACAUCGUCAAGCACCACAACGUCAAACGUCACCGCUCAUCCCUACACAAUCUACUCGCCACAUUCAAAGCAUUCCCAGAGAACAUCGAAACGCUGGACCCAAUCCGAAGAUCGAACGCCACGAUCCCGAACGCCUACGACACUCACAUCGCACCAAAGAAAGAAUUAGCUAUCAAAGAGCAUAAGGAACUUAAGGACGAAAUUCAGAUCUUUACCGACGGUUCAGGACACAGAGGCGGGAUAGGCGCAGCGGCAGUGCUCAUGCGAGAAGGCAAGGAUCCUAGAACGCUUAAGUAUCAUCUCGGCCCGGACAAAACUCAUACUGUAUAUGAAGCUGAAGUAGUAGGACUAACACUAGCAGCCAAACUCCUAGCAACCGAACCGAACGUAGUCUACCCCGCAACCAUCUUCAUAGACAACCAAGCAGCCAUCAAAUCCGGUGAGAGCCAUACCAAACGCAGAGCAGAACAAGAACGCGACUUCAAACUGACGGUACGAUGGAUCCCCGGCCACAAGGGAGUAAUUGGAAACGAGCUAGCUGACAAGGCUGCGAAAGAGGCGGCUGAAGGAGCCCACCAGAACAGCACAAGACGACACCUACCCACCUACCUCAAGGACAAACCCCUCCCUGAUAGUGUAUCAGCGCUAAAGCAAUGGCACAACGACGCGUUGAGUAAACGCUGGACCGAAUCCUGGAAGAAAUCACCCCGUUAUGCAAGAGCGAAGAUCAUUGAUCCCACCAUGCCAUCCAACAAAUUCAUUAAGCUCAUCGCUCCCCUCUCCAAGCAGAAAGCCAGCAUUUACAUCUAA